AUGGCGUCGCAGCCACCACCAAUCCCGCUGGACGACGCAGUCCAGACCUUCUGGAGCAACGUCUCCGAAACCUACACGGACAUGGCCAACCAGCGCAUGACGAUCCAGGGCUACAAGCAUGAUCGUUUUGUUGCCAAGGACCUGGUCCCUUGA